AUGGGGUUCCUCCUGGGACUGAUGGAUCUCCCAGCAGCGCUAGGAGAGAGAAGCUCGGGAAGCCCUACAAAUAACAGCCAUCCUCAGAGCUUUGCGAUCGUCUCCUUCCGAUGGGAUCAUGUAAAGGACCCUUAUGUCAUUACACUCUGGAUACUUGUGGCUAGCUUGGCCAAAAUUGUUUUCCACUUGUCCCACAAAGUCACUCGGGUGGUUCCAGAGAGUGCUCUACUGAUUGUUCUUGGUGUCCUCCUUGGUGGCAUUGUAUGGGCAGCAGAUCACAUUGCCUCUUUUACCCUUACACCGGAGGUGUUUUUUUUCUAUCUGCUGCCUCCCAUUGUUCUGGAUGCUGGAUAUUUUAUGCCAAAUAGGUUAUUCUUUGGAAAUCUUGGUUCCAUCCUUUUGUAUGCUGUCAUUGGGACCGUAUGGAAUGCAGCCACAACUGGUUUAUCUCUCUAUGGUGUCUAUCGGACAGGAAUAAUGGAUCCUGGAUGGAGCCACCUGGACAGUGGGUUGCUGGACUUCCUCCUGUUUGGCAGCUUGAUUGCUGCUGUGGAUCCUGUUGCUGUGCUGGCAGUAUUUGAAGAAGUCCAUGUCAACGAAGUUCUAUUCAUCAUUGUUUUUGGAGAAUCACUUCUGAAUGAUGCUGUCACUGUGGUGUUGUACAAUGUGUUUGAAUCUUUUGUUGCAAUAGGACCAGAGAAUGUGACUGGUACUGAAUGUGUCAAAGGCAUAGUGUCGUUCUUCGUGGUAAGCCUGGGUGGGACACUUGUUGGCAUUUUCUUUGCAUUUCUGCUCUCAUUGGUCAGCCGUUUCACCAAGCACGUUAGAAUCAUCGAGCCUGGAUUUGUUUUCAUUAUUUCCUACCUGUCCUACCUCACAGCAGAGAUGCUUUCUCUUUCCGCUAUCCUUGCGAUAACUUUCUGUGGAAUUUGCUGUCAAAAAUAUGUCAAGGCUAAUAUAUCUGAACAAUCUUCUACAACUGUGAGAUAUACCAUGAAAAUGUUGGCCAGUGGAGCAGAAACUAUCAUCUUCAUGUUCCUAGGAAUUUCAGCUGUAGAUCCAAAAAUUUGGACUUGGAAUACAGCUUUUAUACUCUUGACUCUGGUAUUCAUCUCAGUAUAUAGAGUCAUUGGUGUAGUUUUACAGACUUGGAUUCUUAACCACUACAGAAUGGUCCAGUUGGAGAUAAUAGACCAGGUAGUGAUGUCAUAUGGUGGACUACGUGGAGCAGUUGCUUUUGCUCUGGUUGCGCUUCUGGAUACAGGAAAAGUGAAAGAGAAGAACCUGUUUGUCAGCACAACUAUCGUUGUUGUGUUUUUUACUGUUAUUUUCCAGGGAUUGACAAUCAAGCCUUUGGUACAGUGGCUGAAAGUGAAGAAAAGUGAACACAGAGAACCAAAACUCAAUGAGAAACUUCAUGGAAGAGCCUUUGAUCACAUUCUUUCUGCUAUAGAAGACAUCUCUGGACAAAUAGGACAUAACUAUCUGAGAGACAAGUGGUCCAAUUUUGAUAGGAAAUUCCUCAGUAAACUCCUGAUGAGAAGAUCUGCUCAAAAAUCAAGAGACCAAAUCCUUAAUGUUUUCCAUGAACUCAACUUGAAGGAUGCAAUUAGCUAUGUGGCUGAGGGAGAGCGUAGAGGUUCCUUAGCAUUUAUACGUUCUCCAAGUACAGACAACAUGGUCAAUGUGGAUUUCAAUACCCCGCGUCCAAGUACUGUAGAAAGUUCUGUAUCUUAUUUACUGAGAGAAAAGGCUGGACCGGUUUGCCUUGACAUGCAAGCUUUAGAGCAGAGGAGGAAAAGUAUUCGGGACACAGAAGACACAGUUGCACAUCACACCCUACAACAGUACCUAUAUAAGCCCAGGCAGGAGCACAAACAUCUGUACAGUCGACAUGAGAUCAUGCACAAUGAAGAUGAGAAACAAGACAAGGAGAUUUUCCACAGGACAAUGAGGAAGCGCUUAGAAUCUUUCAAGAGCACUAAACUAGGAAUAAAUCAUCCCAAGAAGCUGAAUAAAAUCCACAAAAGAGAACGGGGCCAAAAAAGGCGAAACAGCAAUGUCAUACCAAAUGGAAAAAUACCUUCAGAAAAUCCUGUACAAGAUUAUACUUUGAAGGAAAAAGAUUCGGAAUUUUCUGAAGCAGAAGAAAAUAAUGAUUAUGAAACUUUGCAUCUAGGCAAAGGAGUUGAUUUUCUGGCUAACGUGACCAAGCAAAACUUCACAGAUAACCCUGCUGGUGAUAUGGACCAAGAUGUUGAAAUGACAGAAUACUCCUCUUCAGAUGACAAAUUUCCUCCUUAUACAUCUGACCAACUAAACCAAAAUGAAAGUGCUUCAGAGAAUCCCCUCCACUUCUUUCCAUCUUGUCUUCAAAUGCCUUGGACACAAAACUAUUCUUCCUUGGAAAACAGAGGGAAUAUAUCUCUUUCUACUGUCUCUGAAUACAUAGCUUCUUGUGACCCAAGUGUACCUGAUCUUUUCUGGGAAACAGAUGCAGAUACGGAUAACAAAGAGACGAUAAACUCUGGUUAUUGUUCUGAAGUUAGCUACAAGUCAGAGAAUUCACAAGAAGAGAAUUCUCUACUUAUACCUGAAGAGUUGGAAGACCCUUACAUGAAGGAGCCCAGGGAGAAGAAAAUGUUGCUUGAUGUACAAGGAAAUUACAGAUCCAUUGCAGCCAGGCGUGUACAAAGCCGACGUUCAUUUCACAAGCCAAAACCUCUUCAACACCCGAAGCUUCAAAAACUAGCAUCUCUUCCAGCAUCUUGCCAUGUCCCUCCACAUUCUUUGGAGCAAGAGGAAACACAGUUGUGAGCCAGGACUUACCUGAAAGGAAGAACUGAGAGAGAAUACUUUGAACAAAGGUUUUCUGUAAAAUUUGAGAGAAACCACUUGGUUCACAGGGCCUACUGUAGAAUAAUUUGGGAUGGAAAGGAAGCGGCAUCCCACGAUGUCAGAAAUUCUGGAGGUUUUCUGUUGCACUUACAGUUUUAAGUCCACGUUCAUAUUAAAAGGGUGCAUAAUGAAGGAAAAAUAUGCCUCCUUGUUAUUUUUUCGUGUAGACUGUUACAAAAAAAAACAUUAUUUUUGGAAGGCUAAAACAAGAAGUAUUCUUUUUUUUAAUAUAUAAAUGAUCUGUUAUGCCAUACAUUCCCAGUAAAUACUUAUAACAAAAAUGGGCUGCAUUUUUUGCCUCAUUAGUGGGGUUCAGUAUUUAUGUUGUAUGAAAUUAAUGUAGGAGAAGUCAGUGGUUAGCCUCUUGCCUGCUAAUUCUACUCCAGCUGAAAUGGAUCAGUGCCUUUCAUAAGUGCAAACUAAAGAAAAAAUAUUUUACUGCUCUGAAUAUGUGUGUUACUGAGUAAUCAUGAGGUACUGAUUCUGGCAGAAAUCUUUGCAGGGAGGGAUAAGUCCUGCAUUUUGAAAUUUUGUCCGGGUCUCUUGGAUGGUCAUUUCCUUCAUUCAUCAUCAUUUCCACAACUCAGUGGUAUUGGAAUGAAAGAAUAUCCAGAAUUAGCUCAUAAUUUUAUCUUAUGUAACCACAAGCAAUUUUGUAUUCUUAAUUAAGCUGCUCUAUUUUAAAUAGCCUCACAGAAGUGUAAAUAUUUGUCAUUUGUCCUGCUGCUUUGGAAGACAUCUUCCAAAUACUCCGUUGGAUUAUCUUGUUAAUUUAUGUAUAAUGCACUUUCUGGGAUAAUGGCCUCUCAAUGCCAUUUUUGACACAAGAGUUAGUGCCACGAUGACUCAGGAUGUCCAUGUUUCAAAGUACUGUAUAAAGGCAGUAUGCUUGUGUUGUGAACUUUCUAUCUUCAGCCCCUGUCCACUUCUCUGUUAAAUGACAGUCAAUAAAAUUGCAUUAGACUCCUAUUAUCAAAGCUAGCCUAUAUGAAAACUAAAUAAAAAUGAAAACUCUAAGAAUUCUCAUUCAUGUAUGAUACUGCAUGCCAGCCUGCUUUGCCCUUAAUUGACUCCAGUCCUGAGACUUGGUCUCAACAUUUUCAGUGGUUAUAAGUUGUAAAGGUUCUUUGACAUUAAUAGGAGAUGAGUGUUUAACCGCUUCCUUGAUCCUAAUGUGUACCUUAUUUCUACUUCACAUGAAUGUAAGCGAGCGAAUGUAAGCGAAUGUCAGCUUCAGGGAAGUAUCUGUAUUACUAAAUGCUGGAUUCAACAGCAGCUUUCUUUGGUAAAUUUUAUUUUAUCUGUGGAAAUGUGUGGUUGUUUCCCUAUACCUACUGAGACUUUGAAGUGGGCUCUGGCUGAUUCUGUGUUAGAUGUCCAAUCAUAGAUUUACCGAUUUGUCCUCUAAGAGUGAAGCAAUAUGUGAAAAUUCAGGCCCAUAGCUUUUAUCUAUCUUUGUGCUCUUUGCUAGUAUUGCCUGCUAGGCUAGUUCAAAUUGCAGAGCUGCAAUGGCAAUUGUCAUAUACAAACCCAGUUACAUAACCUAUGCUUUUGCAGACUUGGAGUGCUGGUCCUUGGAUAUCAAUCCACAGACAGCUGUACAUGAUCAUCUUGGACACAGAUUCAAUUGAAAAUUGAAAAGCUCCAGUAAAUUCUGUAAUUCCAUGAUGUAAAUACCACAUUUUCUGAACUGAAUAUAUAUACAUAUACUAUUUGGUAAAGCAUUUCAAUCCUGUUCUAAUUGGAACAUAUCCUGUAAUUUUAGUGAUCGGCACAGACACAUAGCAGGGUCAUUACUGAUCUCAGACAUUUUCACUUAGAACGUGCAAUGUGCCAAAAUCUGACUUCCAGUCUCAUAUCAUAAUGCUGAAAUACCAACAACAAAGUUGGUAGCAUGGUGUUGGCUUUGAACAAGACUUUCCUUUCUUAUUGCUAUGGUACAGAGGCCAUUGCUGUCAUGCAAUCAAAAGAAGAGACAUGUUAUGCCUUGUGUUUUCUGCAUGCUUGUUAGAGUAAUCCUAGGCUACCUCAAUAAAGCAUUUGUAAAUCCUAACCAGCAGAUGCAAGUUCUCACCAGUUAAGUGUUGCACACACAAGCGUAUAUACUUUUUAAAUCCAAAGUUACAAGAUUUUCAUGUUCUUGUAUGUUCUUAUGAUAAAUAAGAGGAUCAGUAACACUACAGUCUUUGUAAAUGAAGUAUUUCCUGUAAGGAGCCAGCAAGAUUCUGUUUGCUUUUGAGAAGGCUGUGAAUUAUAGCAGGUUUUUGCAAAACAAAUGAUAGCCCAUUUUUUGACAACAGGAGAAAUGGAAAGGCAUUAUGUACAAACUGCUUAGCUCUCUACUGGCUUCCAAAUUGUUUAAGCCUUGUCUGUAUUAUAAAGGGCAGCGUAGCCACAGUUCAACAGACAGAGGAUAAAAUGCUCAGUCUGGUAGUGAACAGACUUAUCCUUGGAAUAAUUUUCAUUAUUUAUGAAGAUCUUAGGACUCUGGAACACAUUUUCUCAUAUAAUUGCCUCUAUAUCAGAGCUCUAAUUGGCAAAGUUUCUCAGUUUGAAAUGUUUCAUGUCCUUAAAAAAAAGUUUCAUACCUUCAGUUUGCACACUGGAAAAAAUACUCCCAGCUAGAAUACAGUAGAUUAUAAUUCCUUAUUUUUUUUCCAUGGCAAUUGCUCUCUAUGUUUAUGCGGGUAUAUAAGAAAAGCAAUUUAUAAGAUUUCAUUAUCUAUCUCACACUGUUUCUUUACUCUUUCUAUUUACUUCCAGAUUUCUGAACAAGUCCUGAUGGUACAAGUAUUUUCUUGCUUCUUCAAUGUACUUUAGUUAGUUGAGGCCCACUAAUUUCUGUCAGAGUAACAUAGAUUUAAAGCUGGCUAUGUGUAUCAGUUUAUUUUUUUACCAUAUGAGAUAGCAGUUAAUUAGUUUGGUGUGAUCAGUCGAUAAAUCAGUUCACCUCUGCUGAGGCCAGUUCAGUUCCUCUUGAGCUUUCCUGGCUGAAAAAUAUCUUUAGAUUUUUUUGUGUGUGUAUGAUAAGCUCUGUCAGAGAAAGUCAAGUUGGGUAUUCCAUAAUUACUAGUAACAUGUAACUAUUGCCCACUUUGUUGUAAAUGAAAAAAUGAAGAAUAUUUGAUGUCUUUUCUAUAUAUUUUUCUCCAUGUACAGAAUAAUUUUUGACGAUAUUCAUUAUGCUGCACUAUGUCCUAGCAACGUUAAAAAAAAGUGUAUGUGACUUCUGCUGAAUCCUCUCUGAGCUCUGAAGUUAAUUGUAUGUAAUUAUGUUUUACAAAUAUGUGAUCUAGUCAGAGAUUUAUGUUAAAAAGGUUGUAAAAUGAUCAUGUGCCUUAAAUUGUCACUCCUUUGAGUGCUGCUAUUCGGAGAUUUUUGUGUACUUUCCA